AAGCCGCCGCUGCUGUCCCCGUCGCAGAAGAAGGCAAACCAUAUCCAAUCCGAGCAGAAGCGGCGCGCGAAUAUACGGAGGGGGUACGAAGCGUUGUGCGAGACCGUUCCCGCACUGCGGGAAGCGAUCCGCCUCAUGGAGGCCGAGCAGGGCACCGGUCUGCCCGACGGGCAGGAGGAAGCGGGGAAGAAGGGGAAGAAGAGGCGGUCGAAGAAGGUGAACGACGACGGGGAGCGUGUCGACGGACGCGCGGGGCCGAAGAGCGAGUGCGUCGUGCUGCAGAAGACUAUCGAAUACGUACACGAGCUUCUGUCGGAACGCGAGGAGCUCUUCGCGCGUUAUCACCAAGCGCGAUCGGCGCUCGUGCCCGGUCAUCCUGCCCUGCAGCCGAUACGACCGCUGGACGCCAACGGCAUGCCGGGCAUGCCAUUGUGGGAGCGUGAAUGGACGGGCGGUGCGAACGGCGAUGACGAGGGCGACAGCGACGAGGAGGAUAAC